CUAAAAUCAAAGAUCGUCUUCCCCUUUCAAUCCUUUCUUUCUUCAUUGAUUUCGAAUUUGCAUCACUUGUCUUCAACCUCACUGAUUUCAAUUUAGGGUUCUCGACUUCUUCUUCUUCUACUCUGUGAUGGAUAACGAAGAAGUGAUCGACUUCGAUGUAGACUCCGACGACAUCGACAUCGAACCAAACGACGCAAUCGACAUGCUCGACAGCCCUCUCCCCGACUCCACCACCACCACCACCGCCAACUACUUCCCCGACGGCGACCUCGAGCCUUACGACGGCCUCGAAUUCGAAUCCGAAGAAUCCGCCAAAGCCUUCUACAACUCCUACGCCCGCCGCGUCGGCUUCAGCACCCGCGUCAGCUCCUCCCGCCGCUCCCGCCGCGACGGCGCCAUCAUCCAACGCCAAUUCGUCUGCGCCAAAGAAGGAUUCAGGAACAUGAACGAGAAACGAACCAAAGACAGAGAGAUCAAACGUCCCAGAACCGUUACAAGAGUCGGUUGCAAAGCAUCUUUAUCCGUUAAGAUGCAUGACUCCUCUAGUAAAUGGAUCGUCUCCGCUUUUGUGAAGGAACAUAACCACGAAUUGGUACCUCCUGAUCAGGUACACUGCUUGAGAUCUCACAGGCAGAUCUCUGGACCUGCUAAGACGUUGAUAGAUACAUUGCAAGCUGCCGGGAUGGGGCCGAGGAGGAUAAUGUCUGCUCUUAUUAAAGAGUACGGCGGGAUUAGUAGAGUAGGGUUUACUGAAGUUGAUUGCAGGAAUUACAUGAGGAAUAAUAGACAGAAGAGUAUACAAGGAGAGAUUCAGCUUCUUCUUGAUUACUUGAGGCAGUUGAGCGUGGAGAAUCCGAGCUUCUUUUACGCUGUUCAAGAUAGUGACGAUCAUCAUCAUCAUAAUCAGUCUGUUGGGAAUGUGUUUUGGGCUGAUCCUAAAGCGAUUCUUGAUUUCGGAUAUUUUGGGGAUACGGUUACUUUUGAUACGACUUAUAGGUCUAAUAGGUAUCGGUUACCGUUUGCUCCUUUCACUGGUGUGAAUCACCAUGGACAGCCUGUUUUGUUUGGAUGUGCGUUUAUUAUUAAUGAGACUGAGGCUUCGUUUGUGUGGCUUUUCAAGACGUGGCUUGCGGCGAUGUCUGGACACUCUCCAGUGUCGAUUACUACUGAUCAUGAUGCGGUUAUACGUGCUGCUGUUAUGCAGGUUUUUCCGGAGGCUCGUCAUAGGUUCUGCAAGUGGCAUAUUUUUAAGAAAUGUCAGGAGAAGUUGUCUCAUGUGUUCCUUAGGCAUCCUUCUUUUGAGUCUGAUUUUCAUAAGAGUGUGAAUCUGACUGACUCUGUUGAGGAUUUUGAGUCUUGCUGGUUUUCGCUUCUUGAUAAAUAUGAGCUGAGAGAUCAUGAGUGGCUACAAGCGUUAUACUCUGAUCGACGGCAGUGGGUUCCAGUAUAUCUCCGUGAUACGUUUUUCGCUGAGAUGUCUUCAACACAGCGUAGUGACAGUAUAAAUUCUUAUUUUGAUGGCUAUAUCAACGCUUCAACUAAUCUGAGCCAGUUUUUUAAGCUCUACGAGAAAGCUUUGGAGAGUCGUCUCGAGAAAGAAGUUAAAGCGGAUUACGAUACAAUGAACUCGCCUCCUGUUCUGAAGACUCCAUCUCCAAUGGAGAAGCAGGCGUCUGAGCUUUACACGAGGAAGUUAUUUACGAGAUUUCAGGAGGAGCUAGUAGGAACUUUGACUUUCAUGGCGUCCAAAGCUGAUGAUGAUGGUGAUCUUGGUACCUACCAGGUUGCAAAAUAUGGAGAGACUCACAAGGCGUAUUGCGUUAAGUUCAACAUUUUGGAGAUGAGAGCAAAUUGCAGUUGCCAGAUGUUUGAGUUCUCUGGGAUCGUGUGUAGACAUAUAUUGGCAGUCUUCAGGGUCACCAAUCUCCUUACACUUCCACCUUACUAUAUCUUAAAAAGAUGGACUAGGAAUGCCAAAAGCAGUGUUAUUUUCGAUGACUAUGGUUUGCAUGCGUAUGAUAAUUACUUGGAGUCUCAUACUGUUCGAUACAACACCUUACGCCACAAGGCUUUUAAUUUUGUGCAAGAAGCGGGGAAAUCUCAGUAUACUUGUGAUGUCGCUCUAGUUGCUCUGCAAGAAGCUGCCAAGACUGUGUCCUUAGAAAUGAAAAAUGAAGUUAGGAGAACUAUGGCUAACGGGCAUGUAAAAGGGAGUUCUGUAAGUAAUGGAGAACAGAUAUGCCGCAAUGAGAACUGUCAGCAAGAAGAGCCCCAGGAUGAAAUGGACAAGAAGAUUAUUCAGCUCAGAAAUGAGUUGGAAAUAGCAAACAGGAAAUGUGAAGCCUACAGGACUAACCUACUUUCAGUCUUGAAAGAAAUGGAAGAUCAGAAGUUACAAGUUUCCAUCAAAGUGCAGAACAUCAAAAUCAGCUUAAAGGAUAAUCUAUGAAACAAGCAACAAGUUCCAACUGCCUCAUCAUAUAUGAUUAUUGCUCAUGUAUAAUAUAUCUUAGGGUUUUUGAAAAUAGGACCCAGUUUUCAGUAUUUCCCUGUUAGAGUAGGUAGUCUUUGCAAUAGAUUGUACUCCCAAUCAUUUUCUUAAUGAGUAAAAGAGCAUGAAGUUGAUUCCCGUUGAGUUGUGAUGUUAUGUAUCCAGCAGGUUGCACUCAUUCUUUCAAGCUUAGUCUUGCAUUUUGUACCUUGAGGUAGUCAAAAUCCUUUGAUACAAAAUGGCUGUUGUUGGGGUGAGUCCGAGCCAUUGCGGACAAUGCAAGAGAAGCGAAUCCACAAGGCGAAGCCUAUUGCACCUCUGCCCAAAAUGACUUACGAACUCUUAGGACGCAACCUACUCUCAGCUGUUCUGAAAGGAUUGAUUAGUACUUGGUGGCUCGUAGCUUUUGUUGUACAUGUUAUUGACAAAGUGAUAGACACAAUCUAUGUUUGUUACGCUAUUGAUCCGAGACAAAGGAGACGUACAAGUAGGAAGUUCAUGAGGUCUAUGUUCACUUGCCUAUCAGCAGAAGCACCCAAGUUAUAUCGCACAGUUUCUUUAGAUCUCGAGCCAAUCAUGUGCUAUUUUUUUUUUGUUUUGAUGAAUAAAUGAUUAGUCGGAAUAGAUUAAACCCGAGUUUAUGCAAUCCUAAAAGUCAUUUCAUC